UGAAACUGAAAGUAUUGCGGCGGCCGCUGCCGUGUUUCACCUUCAAACGUGAAGAGAAGGGGGUGGGCAGGUGGGAGGCAGAGCCUUGCAAGAGAGCGAAGUAUGAAUGGAGGGGUGGACUAUCUCCUCUCUGAGGAAGUGAUCAAUCUCACCAGAGGACCUUCAGGCUUGGGCUUUAACAUCGUUGGAGGGACAGACCAGCAGCACAUGUCCAAUGACAGCGGCAUCUAUGUUAGCCGAAUUAAAGAAAAUGGAGCUGCUGCCCUUGAUGGACGCCUACAAGAGGGAGACAAAAUUUUAGCAGUUAAUGGCAAGGACCUGAAAAACAUGUUGCACCAGGAUGCUGUGGAUCUGUUCCGGACUGCAGGAGACAGCGUAUCACUAAAGGUCCAACACAGGCUGCUGCCUCAGAAUGGUCCCUCAAGCCAGCGAGGGGAUGGAGAGCCAGGAGGUAUCCCUUUGGCUGUGAUUUUGGUGCCUGGGCUGGCUAUCGCAGUGGCUGCAGUGUGGGCCUUCCUGAGACUCCGACAGCGAGUGUGACCAAUGCCUUCACCUUUAGGGAGACCUAGAGAGUAAUUUAAAGAGAGCCAAUCAACACUUUUAUUUUUGGACUGACAUUGGGCAGUGGGGAGAGGAGAACAUCUUUGCCUGCUGUAAAGUUGUUGCUGCUGUUUGUAGUGUCAUGUAUUGGGCGAUGGAGAUAGGAAGUAUGAUUGUUUAUGAACAGGGAUGCGCCAUUUCACUGAUCUUGCAUCUGAUUGUUUAAUUCCCUUUUCCUCUGUCCUGUGCCCCAUGAAUUUUCACAUACUUGGUAUUUUAAAAUAUGGACUGUGAUCCAAAGGCUCUUCCUAUUCAAAACCAGCCCUUCCAUUUGUGACCUGACAAGGUGCUUUUCAAUCUUGGAGGAACUUCUGAAGCAGUUGCCAGUGCAGCAUGAGGAGCUGGGCUUGGUGUGGGGGGCGAGACAUCCUGAAGCAUGCAGAGAAUAGCUUUCGCUUGCCAAGAGAGGCUUCUUCAGAGCCCAGGCCUGGCAUCUCUUGGGAAGUGGGAAAAGGCCGUGGGCAUUUUGUGAAUCAAACCUUAUUUGAGAAUAUGCUCUUUCUCUCAAGUUGUCUUACAACCCAGGGAUACUCCAGCUGGUAGUGAUAAGUGAACUAGUGAUGGGGAAUGUCUGAUUCUUUUCCUUGGGGGGGGGUAAUUUUAAUUAUAUGCCUUAGCAAAACACAGUUGGCUUAAUCCUGUAGUUUUCUAGGUGAUGUUCCCACUACUGGUGGGCUACUGACAUAAGUAAUGAAUGUUGAGGUAUUGGGGGAAAGGUGUAGCUUGGCAUAGUCAGGGAGGGAGAAGGGGAUGAGAGGAACCAACUGGUGGAGGACCAUCACCAUAAAUCCAUACUGUUAUAUGGAAGUAGGUUUCAUGGAAAUCCGUGGAGUUGGCUUCCAAGUAAAUAUGUAAAAUACUGGGGUACAAGAAAGGUUCCUAAGAGAUGCAAUAGAAAGAUUUUAACCAAGUGCUGAUAAGUAUUCUGGUGCCAAUGGGUUUAUAAAUAUUCAUACUUCUAAGUGAAUUGAGGAAAGGUAUGGAAUCUAAAGGCAAAAUAACCCAUUGGACUACUAGGUGUGUAGCUUUUAGAUAGUGGAAAGCUAUAAUGGAAUACAAUAUUGCUUUCCCAAAUAUAGUGAUAGCAAGUGAUUUGCUAUUCUCAGAGCCUCUGGGAGAAGGUUGUUGCUACUACAUUGUUGGUCUAUCCAUGUCUACUACUUUCAUGUUGAAGUAUUGGAUGACGUGGCUGCUAGGUGUACUCCUGUGGCUAGUAUAUACCUUACAGGAGGAAUACAGUAAUAAGCUUUAAUUGUUGGGGGGGGGGAUUGCCUCUCACCACACUCAUUGUGCAUCUGCAGUAGAAGUGCCUGUACCACCCUUUUGAUGCAUUACAGCCAGACUAGAAGGAUGGGGGGUGGGGAGAAUUCACCUAUAAGUUACUGUACUGGCAUUGUGCAGCUGGUUGGGCAGAAUAGGCUGAUCUUGCUGUUGGGUCUUGCAGUGCAGUUUGGUGGGGGGAGGAUCAGCUUGAGCAGACUGUUGGGUGUGCAUCCGCUCUAUUGGACUGGAUGUGCAUCAGUUUCAGUACAGGCAUGUCCUUUAAUGUCUUCUGGGGAGUAGGAAAACAUUGUUUGCCCUACCAAAUUUGCCCUAAAACAGUUGAUCAGGAGUUGGAACCCAGGUUAAUUUCACCAGCUAGAUUGGAUCCAGAUUGAAUGCUGCUUCUGGGAGAUGAGGGAUGCUGAGGGAUGACGUAAGGGGAGUCCACCAUCAGACCAGGGAAUCAGUGGAUAUGCCAAUUUAUUCUAGGUCCAACCCACUGAUUUUUCCCGCCCCCGUAUCAUAACCCAUGGUAUCCUUGAGGGUCCUCUAAACUCAAGGAGCAAGCAUUUCAGGUAGGUAAAGGGCAAACAGGAAAGAUGGGUUCUAUGUGUGGAGCUCUAUUCAAGGUCCUUUGGGAUUUAGCUCGACAUCUAAUUUUAUGUUCUGUAGAUUUGCCAAGAGUGGUUUCUCUCUUUGCCACAGAGCUGAUGGUUGCAAUCUGAAACACCGUAACCUAGUUAAGAAGUCCAGUGGAACUCAGUGGGGGUUACUUCCAAGUAAGCAUGUUUAAGAUUUAUCAAGUUGGCUUUUAUUUCAACCACUGAAGCACACAGUAUCUUGUGUAAGCGAUGGACUUCCUGUGUUUAUGCUAUACAUUUCUUGACUGGACAACCUGAAUUGUAGCCUAUAAAAACAUAGUUACAGUCUUUUGAGCCUUACUGGCAGGAAACAAUAUUAAACAGGAGAAAAUCUGUAAGAUGGGGGGAGACAGAACUUGAAGGAAAAGCUGCAACAAUUUCACUUUCAAGAUGGUGACCUUCCUACGCUUCUCAUAUUGUUUGGUGACUCAGAAUCACUGAGGUCAUAUCAGUUUCACUUUUCUCAGAGCAAAUAUGUUUUUGUAUAUUAAAAAAAAAUUGUGUGGUCUGUAUAAUGCCAAAAAAAAAAUCACAUAUGCAAUAUAUGUACUGAGUCUUUAAAUUAUGGUCUCACACCUCUUCAGUUUUCUAAUCCUGCUAUCUCUCUUAAAGAUUUUUUAAAAAGCCAACAUUAAAAAGCUGCCCACCUGGCACUGGAAAACUGAAUUUCAUGACUGGGAGGUUGCAUGCCACAGCUUGUUUCACCUUCAGUAUGAAGGAAGCACAGUCUUUUCUGAGUCUCAGACACUGGGAUCAGGGACAUGCUACCCC